CUCCUCUCUCUCUCUAAUUUGGAGGCUUAGGACUUAAAAAGCUGGUAUCUUUAAUCUUUUCAAGUAAAGAUUUCUGAGUUUUAGAAGGCCAAAAGAUGGGGGAAAUCAUACUGGGCAUGCCAGGGCCUUGGGCAGAGGACUGUCGUGAAAAAGCCGAUCAUUACACAACAAAGAUUGGUGGAUUGCCGGAUUGGCCUACUCCAGAUUUGGGUAUUAAGGACGAUCUUCUUCGGUGUAGUUUGUGCGGGAGGAGUCUUUGUCUGGUGGCACAGGUUUAUGCUCCAAUUUCGUCGCCAAAAUUGAAUCUUGAAGAGCGUGUGAUCUAUGUUCUUGGUUGCCCAAUGCCGAAAUGUGGGAGUGAUCCUCGUAGCUGGCGCGCUCUUCGAGUUCAGAAGUGUCAUAGUGAGAUGCAGCUGGAUGGUAAUGGGCAGGUAGCAAAGCCGUUGGAGGAAGAUCCUGCUCCCAUUUUGAGAACCAACAACUAUUUGGAGGAGGACUCGUCAGUUACUGGUUCUGGACGAGAGGAAGAUGAGAGUGACAGUGAUAUGGAUCUGCAGGAGUUUGCACGGGCUCUUUCAGAAGCUUCUUCCCUGGCUUCUCAAUCCAAGAAACAAAGCACUUCUAAACAUUCCGGUUCUACUGUGAAAGCCAUGGGAACUAAGCCUAGAGUAAAUGAUCUCAGUAUGCCUGUUGUGCCUUGCUUUUAUAUCUACUCCCAGAAGGAGCAAUCCACUGGUGACAAAGAUGCUAUCUGUGCUAGCUACUCCUCACUUUCUAUUAAAGAAAAGCAGAGCACUGCUACCGAUACUGAAGAUGAGGAAAAGUGGGAAGGAGAAACAUAUGAAUAUGAUAGAGCUUUGGGUGCUGAUAGGACUUAUUUGAAGUUCAAGAAACAGUUGGAUGCACAUCCGGAGCAAUGCUUCAGGUAUUCAUAUGGUGGUAAUCCACUUUUGGCUACAACUGACUUGGCUGAAUGCGGCACCUGCAAGUUUUGUGGUUCAUCACGAAAUUAUGAGAUGCAGUUGAUGCCUCCAUUAUUGUAUUUUCUGCAUGAAGCUGCUGAAUGUUCAUCAACUUAUUCACCAGAGGGAUGGAGCUGGAUGACUCUUAUCAUAUGCACCUGUUCCAAGAGCUGUUGUCCCUCAUUCUGUGGGGACAAACGUGUCAGCUGCUGCUGGGGAGUGGCAGAGGAGGCCAUCAUCAUCCAGGAUGAGUAAGUUUCAUGUGUAGUGCAUCUUCAACUAGUACUACCCCAGUUGUAACUGUAAAAUGGCGCGCCUUUGGUUUUAGUUAUGAGGCCAGUGCCUUCAACGUCUGAUCAAGAGAUCAAUGUUAUUGAACAUUUAGUGUUGCGGUCUAAUGUAUACUAUGGUCUUUGCUCCUAUAAUGUCUUCAAAUAUGAAAAUUGAGUUCUCUUGUAAUGACAAACUAUUCAAGUUAAAAAUAACAAAUUUUUGGUUUAAUAUUAAAUGCUCCA